GCCAUUAAUAAAUUUAGUUGAAUGACAGAUAAACUUUAAACAAUAGGUAAUAUAGUCUUAGAUUGUAGUAAACCGAGAAGAACAGUUAGUAAGCACAGAUAAUAGAGCUGAAUUUUCUUUAGGAAAAUUUACACCAAUUGAAUUAGCUUGGGAUAAACUUAUAAUAAAUGCCACCAUCAAAGUCGGAAAGGUAAUUCCCAUUCAUAAAUAUAAGACUACGACAGAGAAAUGCUUACUUAACAAUCUUAAAGGAGUGAUGAAGCCUGCUCAUUUCACUGCUAUUUUAGGACCAUCAGGAUCAGGAAAAACUACCUUAUUAAACUUUUUGUCAGGCCGUCUAAUAUCUGACAAUCUUAAAAUAUCUGGAGAACUAUCCUUAAAUGGAAAGAGAAUUAAUGACAUUGACAAAUUCAAUGAUCAGAUGGCCUAUGUCAUGCAAGAUGAUAUAUUAUUAGCCACCUUCUCACCCAGAGGUAUAUCAUGGUCUAAUUGUUUUAGAGGCCUUUUAUUUCUCCGCCAAUAUGAGACUGACCAUAAGUGCAGAGGAAAAAGCUCAGAGAGUAGAAGCUUUGAUUAGAGAAUUGGGAAUCACCAAAUGUGCAGACACCAGAGUGGGAAAUACAUAGAUCAGAGGAGUAUCAGGAGGUGAAAGAAAGAGGGCAAGUAUAGGAGUUGAAUUAUUAACAAAUCCAAGUCUCAUCUUUUUGGAUGAGCCUACCACUGGUUUGGAUUCAUCAACUGCCUUAUAAGUGAUUGACCUACUCAAGAGAUUGGCCAAAAAUGGUCGUACAAUAGUAAGUACCAUCCAUCAACCUUCAUCCGAAAUCUUUAAUAAUUUUGAUAGACUUAUGCUUUUAGUUAGAGGAAACAUCAUCUACCAAGGAGAUGCAGAAUAAGCUAUCGACUAUUUUGCUGCCAUGGGAUAUUAAUGUCCUAACUUCUCUAAUCCUUCAGAUUACUUUAUGAAAUUGAUGAAUGAGGAAGGACUACUAGUUGAAAAGAUAUAAGCAGGAGAGUCUGAUGAUUUCGAUGAUGCUUAAAUAAAAGCUGAAUUUGAAAAGAGAUUAGAAGGGUUCAUUCAAAAUUACCAGACUUCAAACAUGAUUAAAGAAUUAGAAACUCAUGAAACUGCUUUGAUUAAAGAAAAUGAUACUGGAUUUCACAUUGGAUUCAUCUAAUAAUUUGUACUUAUUUAUUAAAGAUCAUUUUUGAAUGAAAUCAGAAAUCCAAUGGAUGUAAAAUUGAAAAUAUUUUAAUCUAUUGUGAAUGCCAUUAUGUUAAUGCUUGUUUAUUCAGAUGUACAUUUUAUAAAUUAUAUUUUUAGUUGGGUGAAUAUAAUGAAGGAUUGUAAAAUAGAUUUGGAGCCUUGUUCUUUAUUUGUACAGCUAAUGCAUUUGGAGGAAUUCAAGGAGCUUUACAUACAUUUUCAAUGGAAAGACCCUUGUUUUUAAGAGAGAGAAUAAACAAAACCUAUAGUGUUCAUUCAUUCUUUUGGGCAAGAUCACUGGCUGAAUUUCCAUUCCAAAUAGUUUACCCUUCCCUUUGUGUUAUAAUAGUCUACUAUGUUAUUGGAUUAAGUGAUGAAAAUGUAGGCAAAUUCUUCAUGCUUAUUUUCAUCUAAUUCUUAACAUAUUAAUACGCUGUUUCAUAUGGAUUGCUUUUAUCAACUGUUAUUCCAAAAAUUGAAGUGGCUACAGCACUAGUCCCUGCUUUGGUUAUUCCAUUUAUGAUUUUGGGAGGAUUCUUUGUUAAUCAAGACAAUAUCCCUUACAUAUUCUACCCUUUCACCUAUUUAUCAAUGUUCAAGUAUGGAUUUGAGGCAGCAGUCAUUGUAUAAUCUUUAAUUUUAUUUUUAGAAUGAAUUUGAUGACGUUAUUUACGAAUGUAUGCCAGGUUAACAAUGCUCACCAGUUGAUAUGUUGUCUAUCACUUUGACAAAAUGGGAAUGCUGCUAUAUAUUAAUAGGAUUGGCCAUAGGAAUCAGAAUGUUUGCCUAUUUAGCACUUCAUUUAAUUUCUAGUCCAGAAAAACCAAAAUUAUAACCCCCUGAGAGCAUGUAAAUAAAGAACAAUUAAAAAUGACACUCU